UGUUGUCCACACCUCAAUUCAGUGCAUUUUCUAGUAGGGAUCAUUAUGAGAUCGCAGGUUGGGAUGAUGGCAGCUCGAUUGUACUGCUCGUUGAUUGCUGUUUUAUGUUGUCUUUCUGGAUACUUGAGCAUAACAGAUGUUACUGAAGGACAAACUGCAGCAAAGCCAGGAGAGUGUCCCCCUCAAACAUCUGGAAGCUUGUUUAAUGGGUCCUGUAACGGUGACUCUGACUGUCCCAACGAUGAGAAGUGCUGCGGCAAUGGAAGUGGAAAUUACUGUACAGCUCCUUAUACAGUGAAGCCGGGUCAGUGUCCCAAACCGAAGCGUGUUCCAGAAUGUGCUGACCUCUGUUUCCAUGAUGGCCAGUGUCCUGCCACACAGAAGUGUUGCCCAACCACCUGUGGCCAUGCAUGUAGUGAACAAAGUGAUCAGGAAAGUGAUCAGGAAAGUGGUCCGGAAACUGGUCAGGGAAGUGGUCAGGGUAGCGGUUAUGGUCAGGGAAGCGGAUAUGGUCAAGGUCAGGGUAGCGGUUACGGUCAGGGAAGUGGUUAUGGUCAAGGUCAGGGAAGUGGUCAGGGUAGCGGUUAUGGUCAGGGUAGCGGUUAUGGUCAGGGUAGCGGUUAUGGUCAGGGAAGCGGUUACGGUCAGGGAAGCGGUCAGGGUAGCGGUCAGGGUCAGGGAAGCGGUUUUGGUCAAGGUCAGGGAAGCGGUUACGGUCAGGGAAGCGGUUACGGUCAGGGAAGCGGUUUUGGUCAAGGUCAGGGAAGCGGUUACGGUCAGGGAAGCGGUUUUGGUCAAGGUCAGGGAAGCGGUUACGGUCAGGGAAGCGGUUUUGGUCAAGGUCAGGGAAGCGGUUACGGUCAGGGAAGCGGUUACGGUCAGGGAAGCGGUUUUGGUCACGGUCAGGGAAGCGGUUUUGGUCACGGUCAGGGAAGCGGUUACGGUCAGGGAAGCGGUUUUGGUCAAGGUCAGGGAAGCGGUUACGGUCAGGGAAGCGGUCAGGGAAGCGGUUUUGGUCAGGGAAGCGGUCAGGGUAGCGGUCAGGGACAAGGUAGUGGUCAGGGACAGGGUAGCGGUCAGGGACAGGGAAGUGGUCAGGGUAGCGGUCAGGGACAGGGUAGCGGUCAAGGUCAGGGACAUGGUAGCGGUCAGGGAAGUGGUCAGGGUAGCGGUCAGGGUAGCGGUCAAGGUCAGGGACAGGGACGUGGUCAGGGUAGCGGUCAGGGACAGGGUAGCGGUCAAGGUCAGGGACAGGGUAGCGGUCAGGGAAGUGGUCAGGGAAGCGGUCAGGGACAGGGUAGC